AUGGAAUGUGGAAAGACGUUCAGCCGGAAGGAAUACCUUACAACACACCAGCGAACUCACACAGGGGAGAAACCAUUUCAGUGUUUGGAGUGUGGGAAGACUUUCACUCGUAGUGGAAAUCAUGCAAGACAUCAACAAACUCACACAGGGGGAAAACCAUUUAAAUGCAUGGAAUGCGGAAAGUGCUUCAAUGUAGGUGAAAAGCUUUCAAGACACCUACGAAUUCACACAGGGGAGAAACCAUUUAAAUGUAUGGAAUGUGGAAAGUCGUUUAGCCAGAAAGGACACCUUACUGCACACCAGCAAACUCACACAGGGGAGUACCAAGUGUGGAAAGACAUUUGCUGAUGCUGGAACCCUUAGAAAAAUCUACGAACUCACACGGGUGAGCUCCGCUACCGUAUUAGGCUCAUCGGCUAGACUGUCAGCUUUUAAAGAAGGUAUCUGAAGAAGUGUGCAUGCACACGAAAGCUCAUACCAAAAUAAAAACUUUGUUGGUCUUUAAGGUGCUGCUGGAAGGAAUUUUUUAAUUUUGUUUCGACUACGUCAAACCAACACAGCUACCUACCUGUAACUAGAGCUUUUAAAGAGGUUGCAAAGUACCUCAGCAACUUUCAAUGAAAAGCCCCAAGCAGCCAGUUCAAAGUGGAAGAAUACAAUAUAUCUGCCACCAGCAUGGCAUGAUCUACAAUCAUGCCAAAAGGGGAGGGGCUAGAAAAGGUGCCCUAAACAUAGUCUGCCUCCCUUUUUACCUGACUGGAUUAACACGCCCAGUGAGGUCACCACCCAGCAGUCGUAAAAGACGAUUGAACUUUGGAACAUGGAAUAUAUGGACUUUGUCGGAUAACACAGAUAAUGAGCGUCCCGAAUGUAGAACUACCAUCGCCGCAAGAGAGCUGCAACGUUUCCCAUCGUUCUUGUGAAGCAGAGCUUCAAGAACCAGCCACAUUGGAAUCUUUCUUUUGACGAUAUGUGCAGCGCACAACCUUGUUAUUACCAAUGCACUCUUUCAACAAAAAAUUUAAUUUAAAACAUCAUGGAGGCACCCUCGGUCAAACCACUGGCACCUCUUAGACUAUGUAAUUGUCCAAGCUGAAGAUCGCCGUGAUGUGCUCCUUACCAGAGCUUUGACGAGUGCCAACGAGUGCAGGACAGAUCACCCAUUAAUACACUCCACGGUGGAUAUCAAGAUUAUACCUCACAUGAUGUGAACUUCAAAUCGUUCUUCCAAAGUUUUCCCCAUAAAUUAAAAUCUAUAUUAUGUCCUCUAUCUAUUGCCCAGUGUGUCAUAGAAGCUUUGACAAGCUGAUAUUUUGUUUCCCACUCUAAUAACAAAUUAUACAUUUUAGAGAGGUGUUUUUCUUUAUUUUGUAAAAGUUCUUUUUCAAAUCGUGAGCUUUGGUUCAAAGGUUUUAAUCUUUAAGAAAUUAGUGUAUUUUAAUAUUUCUGUUGGAAGCCGCCCAGAGUGGCUGGGGAAACCCAACCAGAUGGGCGGGAUAUAAA